CGUUCCAUUGGCCCGGGACAUCCCGCCUCCUACUAGUAUGGCUGCACAACGGGCGGAGUUCUCCGGGCCGGGUAGAAGCAGGAGUAGUAGGAUGUUUGCGCUGAAGAAAUGGAACGCCGUGGCGAUGUGGAGCUGGGACGUGGAGUGCGAUACGUGCGCCAUCUGCAGGGUGCAGGUCAUGGACGCUUGUCUGCGCUGCCAAGCUGAGAACAAGCAGGAGGACUGUGUAGUGGUGUGGGGAGAAUGUAAUCACUCGUUUCACAACUGCUGUAUGUCCCUGUGGGUGAAGCAGAACAACCGGUGUCCAUUAUGCCAACAGGACUGGGUGGUACAGAGAAUAGGCAAAUAAUCUCUGCUGCACCCGGUGCAGAAUGCUGCCCUCGCUCUGGGGUGCAAGCUUGUGAUUUGUCUCUGAAACAGAUGCCUGUUGCCCAGAGCUAGCUGCUUCUUUGUGUAACUCUGGUGCAUGUGACGGAGAGUCAUUAGAGAUCCACAUGAAUGGCCCCGAUGAUGGGUACAGUGACUGUUCACAUAAUUCCCUCUGUCCGAGUCUAUUACCAAAAGAAGAGAUAAAUUUGUAUAUUAAACAAUAAAGACAUACUGUCCUGGUGUAUCUGCAUGCAGAUACAGACCUCUUUGGGUGUGGAAUAAAAUGAAAUUACCUUUC